UCUCAUUUUAAACCGCAAAUAACACUUUGUGCUGAAAAUGGAGAUUCGAGCAAACGAAGAAAUUCCUAUAGGGCAAGACCUCACUCCUCCAAUCCCACCCCUUUCUCUCUCCCUCCACCACUCAAUUCUCCUUUCUCACUGCUCCUCUUGCUUUUCUCCUCUCCCGCCUUCUCCUUUUUACCCUACAUAUCCAAACCCAGAUCACUUCGUUCGUUACUGUUCCCUUCAAUGCUCUUCUCUCGACUCCCCUCUUCACUUCUCCUCUUCAGAAUUUCACUUCUUUCACCUUUUCCCACAACCCCUUUACACCACCUCCCCUACUUCCACCGACCUCCGCCUCUCCCUCCGCCUCAUCCACCGCUUCCAGGAAGCAAAUGUGUCUUUCUCAAAUUUGGAAAGAAUUGGUGGGUUGAUGACAAAUUUCAAAAAAUUAACUCUAUUGGAAGAACAACAGUACUACAAUGAUGAUGAUGAUGGACUUUCUGGAAGAAUUCGUGACGGGGCAAAGGCUAUGGCAGUUGCAAGAAGAAUGCGAGAUGGUUUGGAUACUAAUGUGGAGUUAUCAGCUGCGGAGUAUGCUGUUGAAGCUGCAGUGCUCUGCUUGGUGCUGACUAAUUCAGUGGAAGUUCAUGAUAAGGAUGGGAGAAGUAUAGGAGUUGGUGUUUAUGAUUUAGCCUUUUCGUAUGUCAAUCAUAGCUGUUCUCCAAAUGCUUCUUACAGGUUUUGUACAGCUUUUGAUUGUGGUGGAGAAUUGGAGUUUAGAAUAUGUCCAGCACCUUCAGAGACUUGUGCUUCUGGUACCGAAAGUGGAUCCAUUAUUAAUGGAAGUGAAGCAUGUGGUCCGAGAAUAGUCCUUCGAAGUAUAAAGGCAAUCCAGAAAAGUGAAGAGGUGUUGAUUACAUACACUGACUUGCUACAGCCUAAGAAAUGGUUGAACAAAUUGGAGAAGGUUGUUCUUAAAUGGACUUGUGGAAAGGAUGUGUGAAAGCCAUAAUGACACUUGCUUGAACAUUGUAUACGGUAAAAUCGAAGGGUCCAAUUCCUCGUCAUUAAGGUGUUUUUGAGAAGUCAUCUCGAGAUCUCGAGGCUGCGAGGUUGCGGUCGAGUUCUCUCCCUCGAUGUCCAUUUACGCUCGACCCAACGACGAUGCUGAGUCCCCAAGGUGAGCAGAUAGCACUAGCAGAGCCUGGUGUCACGUCUAGCCAUCCCAUCUACGUACCUUUACAAUUAAUGCAUUUUGUACUAUGUUGGGAUUCCCCUCCUAUAUAAAGGGGAUCCUUGCCAUUCUGUAAUCUCUUGGCUGUUGCUCUAACUAUUCUACACGAAAUAUACAAGAACUCUUUCUUUUCUCUCUAACAUAUUCUCCUAACACUAUUGCUAUUGCUUACUACUUUCCUACUUGUUCUUCAUUUAUUGUUUGUUAUUGGCCAUAAAGAGCCUCCUUUAAUUAUAUCCUAACUGUUAGCCCCUUCCCGAUUAUCGCCGAUAGCUCGAGCCCGAGCCCAGGCAUCGACCUCGAGGCCCCUCAUCGGUUAGUCCGAGGCCCGGACAGCUAACCCCUUGGUUUGAUUAUAACUCUAUUUUAGCUCGCAUUUCAUCUUUUAUCUUCACAUAUCUAGCUCAAACUGCUUUAA